GAUCGUUACAGUAGGAUAGCCCGCCGCUCCAAGGACGCUGAAUUUCAAUGUUUGCGCUACGACAUCUGCUGAAGGGCAGAAAGCAUUUCCCAUAUUAUGCGGCGACAACAACAAAGAGCAUGCUGCCAAUGCCAGCUGUGCCGGCGCGUGUUCUGAUUGGACUCCACACAGACAGCGAUUACCGCAACGGGAGGCUACCGCACGUCCAGGAGCUUUGUUGCCGCAAGAUGACCACGCUGCCCUCAUCCAAGAAGCCGGCAACGCUGCUUGAAGAGCUGGCUGCAGCUACGAAACCAUAUGCCCAGCUGAUGAGGAUUAAUCGACCCAUCGGCACCUACUUGCUGUUCUGGCCCUGUGCGUGGAGCAUAGCGUUGAGCGCAGAUGCUGGUUGCUGGCCGGACCUUACCAUGCUGGGCUUGUUUGGAACGGGAGCAUUGAUUAUGCGUGGUGCCGGCUGCACCAUUAACGAUCUCUGGGACAAAGACAUCGACGCCAAGGUGGAGCGAACGCGGACACGGCCGCUUGCGUCCGGGCAAAUUAGUCAGUUCGAUGCCAUUGUCUUUCUCUCCGCUCAGCUAAGUCUGGGACUGCUGGUUCUUGUCCAGCUCAACUGGCAGUCAAUUCUGCUGGGCGCCAGCUCCCUGGGACUGGUGAUCACGUAUCCGCUGAUGAAGCGGGUGACCUACUGGCCCCAGCUGGUUCUUGGCAUGGCCUUCAAUUGGGGCGCUCUGCUGGGCUGGUGUGCCACCCAAGGCAGCGUCAACCUGGCCGCAUGUCUACCGCUCUACCUGUCUGGUGUGUGCUGGACCAUUGUCUACGACACAAUCUACGCCCAUCAGGAUAAGCUUGAUGACUUGCAAAUCGGCGUCAAGUCCACUGCUCUGCGUUUCGGCGAGAACACCAAAGUUUGGCUGUCCGGUUUCACCGCAGCCAUGCUGACGGGUCUCUCGGCCUCCGGCUGGGCCUGCGACCAAACGCUGCCCUACUAUGCAGCUGUUGGAGUUGUUGGCGCUCAUCUUGUGCAGCAGAUUUACUCCCUCAACAUUGACAAUCCCACGGACUGUGCCAAGAAAUUCUUAUCGAAUCAUCAGGUGGGACUCAUUCUGUUUCUUGGAAUCGUUCUUGGAACACUACUGAAAGCGGACGACACUAAAAGGCAGCCGCAACCAGCACUAGCAUCGCCAGCAGCCAGCUCCUUUGUUUCGCUAACUCAGAAGCCAGAGAUCAUAAGCUGAACCAGUCCCAAUUGAAUGUUUUACGCGCGCUUGCUGUUCGCCUUGGACCAAAGUCUAUAGUUAGCUAAUUAGUUUUUCUUUUUGUACAUAGGCAUGUAGGACUUCUUUAUUUGUAGUUUAGUUUCUUCGGGAAGAUUAGGUUAAGCAUAAGCAAAUGAUUGUAAAAUACCUCGCGGCAUGGUAAUGGCUAUGACCAUUCAUUUUAAGUGCACUCCACCAAGGUAAAGUAUCAACUCCCCCUCUCCGCACCACCCCGAACCCAUGUCUCAACCACAAACUGGUUUCUGUAUUAAAUUCUUACGUGUUAUUUAUUAUUA